AAAUGGGUCAAAAACAGGUGUACAGAAGUAUUAGAGGUGGGAAUUGUAUCCAACAUUUUUCUCCACACUAAAUAUUUGGAUUGUCAAAAAAAACGGCAUUUCAGGAAUUGUUAGAGAAAACAUGGGUUUUCGACAAAACCAAUACAACAGACCAUUUUGUAGUCAACAUCAGACGGUUCAGAAACAAACAACACAAAACACGUGAAAAGGGCAACAGACAUGAAAUGCGUUUUCACAGGAGCAGGCCUGGCGAUCGGCUGAAAGGAUGAGCGUGCCGCCCCUGGAGCUGUCCGCCAGCUGGCUGUGAUGCGCGGGCCGGGCUGCAGGAUGAACGUGGCGGCGGUGCUGAACGGGCUGCUGGUGUCGGUUCUGGCGGCGGUGCUGUGGAAGUACGCCAGGCUGCGAGAGCACGCGGCCGUGGUGGAGGAGGAGCUGCAGCUGAGCCGCCAGUCCCAGGAGCUCUCCCAGGCCCGGAUCGACUACCACGCGGCGCUGCGGGCCCUGCAGGAGGACGGCACCCGCAUGGUGUGCUCGGGCAAGAUGCACACCGACCGUCUGUGCCGCUUCGACUACCUCUGCUACUCCACGGAGGCGGAGGAGUUCGUCUUCUUCCACAGUAACGCCUCCGUUAUGCUUCCAAACCUGGGCUCAAGGAGGUUCCAGCCUGCCCUCCUGGACCUCUCUUCUGUGGAAGAUCACAACACCCAGUAUUUUAACUUCCUUGAGCUGCCAGCAGCUGCCCUCAAGUUCAUGCCCAAGCCGGUGUUUGUUCCUGACGUGGCGCUAAUCCUGAACCGCUUCAACCCGGACAACUUGAUGCACAUCUUCCAUGACGACCUGCUUCCCAUCUUCUACACCAUGAGUCAGUACUCCGAUCUGGACGAUGAAGCCCGUUUAGUUUUCAUGGAGGGCUGGAAUGAAGGAACGCAUUUUGACCUGUACCGGCUGCUGAGCAAUAAGCAGCCUCUUCUGAAGGAGCAACUGAAGAACUUCGGCAAACUCCUGUGCUUCACUAAGUCCUAUGUAGGAUUGUCAAAAAUAACCACCUGGUACCAGUAUGGCUUUGUUCAACCUCAGGGCCCCAAAGCAAAUAUAUUAGUGUCAGGAACAGAGAUCCGACAGUUCACCAGGUUUUUUAUGGAUAAACUCAACAUUACUAGGGAAGAAGUCUCUGAAAAUGAGGAGUACAUUGUGGUGUUUAGCCGUACCAUCAAUAGACUUAUCAUUAAUGAGGCAGAACUCAUUUUAACUUUUGCCCAGGAGUUUCAAAUGAAGACGAUCGUAGUGUCUUUAGACGAGCACUCCUUUGCAGAUAUAGUGCAGAUAAUUAGUCGAGCAUCCAUGCUUAUCAGUAUUCAUGGUGCCCAACUAGUGACCUCGCUCUUUCUGCCCCGCGGCGCUGUAGUGGUCGAGCUCUUCCCUUACGCUGUGAACCCAGAGCACUACACGCCCUAUAAAACUCUAGCAUCCUUGCCAGGCAUGGAUCUUCAGUAUGUGGCCUGGCAGAACACCAAAGAAGAGAAUUCAGUUGCUUUUCCAGACAGGCCGUGGGACCAAGGUGGCAUAGCUCACCUGGAACAAGAAGAGCAGGAGCGCAUCCUGAAAAGCAAGGAAGUGCCUCGCCACCUGUGCUGCCGCAACCCGGAGUGGCUGUUCCGAAUAUACCAGGACACGAAGGUGGACAUCCCUUCGCUCCUGGAAGUCCUAAGGCAGACCGUCAAGUCUAAACCUGCUCUGAAGAAAGCGAAGCCAGCCAGCACUGUUCAUCCUGGUAGAGUGAGGGAACCCCGGUGUCAGGCAUCUGUUCAAGGAUCCAACGAGGCCAAGCUGACGGUGUCCUGGCAGAUUCCCUGGAAUCUCAAAUACCUGAAGGUCAGGGAGGUCCAAUACGAAGUGUGGAUACAGGAGCAAGGGGAAAACACGUAUAUGCCUUACAUUCUUCCACACCAGAAUUAUACCUUUUCCGAGAACAUAAAGCCUUUUACCACAUAUUUAGUGUGGAUACGCUGCAUUUUCAACAAAACUCUUUUAGGCCCGUUUGCAGAUGUCUUGGCAUGUAGAACCUGAUGUGAGUUUACAGAGGUUGACGAGAGGAAAGUGCCCGCCUCUUCCUGACAAUCAGCGAUGCCGGCAGAAAACGGCCCAUUAUGAAGUUGGAGAUGCUGCCAUCUGAUUUUGUUGUCCUGGUUUAGCUGGCUCAAAACAUGUUUCCUUGUUCCCAAGAAAUAAUUUCUUGUUGUUGUGAUAGUGACAUUUUUAUGCCCAAAAUGCUGUGUAAUUCAGUUCUAUUUUCUAGGGCUUGGUUCAGUGGAAUGAAACCAAAAUGAGGAGGAACAAUUUAAAGGGAAGAGAAAAGUAUAUAGUUAAGUUCAUGCUGAAUAUAUAGUAGAUGCUACACUUGAAGACACCGUUCAUUGCAGUAGACUCUUUUAAAAGUGCUAACAAUUCUAAGGUUCUCCUUAAUUAAUAUUAAAUAUUUUACAAGGAAUUAAUUUAUUAAAAAUGUAUGUGUAUAUGACUCCAUAAUGUUUAGUUUAAUUACUAACUGUUCUAGAUACUAAAUAAGUUAUUUUUUAAAGGUGCAUUGUGUCAAUGUAAUGCAUUUUCCUGUAAAUCAGUUUUAAUGUGGUCAAAGUACAACAUAUUUUCUGUGUUGUGUGAUUUAUUAUAUCUGUAUUAUAGUAUGAAAUUUCCAUUAAUGAUCACCGUGCAAGUGUAUACUAAGCUUUGGAACCAGUAAUUUUUAGAAACUGCUGUAUCAUAGUUUUGUUAAUCAUAUUUCCUUCAUUCCUUCAGACAGGUACAUAUGUAACAUUUUAUAGUACUUCAAAAGACAUAGCCAAAACCAUGAUGGAAAACCAAAGUGUGUAUUAAAACUACUGUUGAUUAUACUGUUCAAACAUCACCUCUGUGUUUUUAACUCAAAUUGCUCUUUGUGUCUUUACCCUCUCUAAGCUGUUGUCAUUGUUUAAUCUUAUUUGCACUAGGUUCUUGAUUGUGGUCUUCUAAAGAAAUGUGAUUUUUUUUUAAUUAAAGGUUGUAUUACGAAAAUA